AUGGUAGCCUCCACUAACAAGACCACUGGACAACAGUUCUUCACAGUUUCUCCUAUACUGAACCUGUCAACAGAAGCAGCCAUGAAGGCUAAAGGACACACUGCCCUUGAUGCAUUCCCCUGUCGUUGGGGGGAGAAUGCAGACCAGCUCUGGCUAGGGGCUAAUGAGAUCGCUUCAGGUUCACCAAUUGAAAACAUAACUAUAGACUUGAAGAAAAUGGAGCUAAGAUGGACCAAUGUGGAGAAUGUGGAAAUCAUCGACUGUUCUGUUAAAGUCCUCUCAAAAAAGAAAUAUACAACACCGGCAAAAGAGAACAAGACUUGUGAACUCUCUGGAUUCCACAGUUGGUGCCAUGGGGCAGAGUUUCAAAUAAACGGAUUUGCUGGGAAAAGUUUUUCAAAAAUAUUCCAUCUUCCCCAAAGAGGUAAAGAAGGAAACACUGAAGAAAAAGUAACCUGUCAGGUUUAUGAAGCAAAAUUCAUGAACUGCAAUUGGACAGUAAGGAAAAUUCCAAGAGACAUCAAUUAUCGAUUUUUUUACUCAUCAGAAGAAGGGAAAUUUGUGGAUAAAGAAUGUCCAUGGUACAAAAAGGAUUCUAAAGGAAGAAAUGUUGGGUGUCAUUUUGAUGACAUUUCAGGAUUUGAGUACUCUAAGUUGUAUCAUGUCCUAGUGAAUGGAACCAGCAAUGGCACAGAAGUCCAGUGUAACGAUGACUAUAUUAUAUUAAAUGAUAUUGAAAUAAUUGAGCCACCAAAUAUCAACAUAAACUGCAGAAAUUUUAGUUGUUACAUGCAUUGGAGCCUGCCCAAAUCAACACAAUUAUUCAAGCGUGAAUUUGAAUAUCAGCUUGAUAUCCGAAAGGACAAUGAGACGAGUUACAAUUUAAAGAUAGAAAAUGUAAGAAAUUAUGUCUUCAAAAAUGUUGUUGGAAAACAUACUGUGAAAAUAAGAGCUAAAAAACGUUUUAGUGGAAAUUGGAGUGAAUGGAGUAAGCCCCACGAAUUUGGUCAAGAAGACCCUGAAGGCAAUCCUCUGACAUUUAUACUGCUGUCACUUCUUGGAGUAGCUUUCAUUAUGUUCUUUAUUAUGGGAUAUCUCUGCAAAAGGUAUCACAUGAUUCAUAAAAUAUUCCCUCCUGUCCCCCAUGUUAGAGACCAACUUAGUGACAAUUUUCAAAAAUAUGUCCAGGUAGUAUGGGAAGAAAAUAAAAUGCUUCCAGAACAAUGUAAAAUUGAAGAAAUACAGGUUAUAGAAAAAAAAGCAAACUAUCCAAAAAGCUAAAUAAGAUAUUUCAUUGGUUAAUAUUCUUAAAGAUUUUUUUUCUGAUCUUUUUCCUAACUUUUUUUUUCUUUUCUUCCAAAUAAUGUUUAUAGUAACACUCAGAGAGAAAUCAGCUGGCAAAUGUUUAACAGCUAACUCCUGGGGAAAAAAAUAAUGUACUCAUAUGCUUUUAAGCUUAAUUUGCAUUAUUAACAUCUUCAUUAUUUUUGUAACUCUAAACAACCAACAAAAUAAUAAAUCAAUCCCUAACUGGUAGUAUUUGCUCAUUUUUAAGUUGUAAUGGUCAAACUGACUUAUAUAACAAUUGGUUCUCAUAAAUCUAUAUGAGCUCGCACCAGAAUACCUUUGGAUAUGCCCACUUACUUAGGGCUAGACUUUUCCAAAACCUCAGUACCAGAACCUGAUGGCAUUAUCCCUUCUUUUGCUAAAUUAAAACUUUUUUUUCUCAUCUUUUUAGUCUCAACUUAAAUACCAAAAGGAA